GAUCAUGCACAUGAUAUAAAAAUCCAACUCCCUGGCCUAUUGUACGUAUCAGCUACUUAUUGCUGUGCAGUCGCCGCAUAUUAUCAGUCGUCACGGGAUUUGUCUUUGGUGAUUCCGAAUGCAUUUUCGCUAAUGAUAAAAUCGACGAUGUUGUCAAGACUCCCGUGUGGUAUACAUGUUCUUAUACUCACCAUUGCUCUGUUAAGCCAUGGGUCCACUAGCUCAAAACUUGACAGACGUAGCCAAUCUCACACAAUCAGACACAUGAACAUUGAUGAGGACCAGGCACAGUUCACCGACUUCCCGUUCCGGGACACCAGCUUGCCGUGGAGUGAACGCGUGGACGAUCUCGUGUCCAGACUGACUCUGGAAGAGAUUCAGGUACAGAUGUCUAGAGGAGGGGCUGGAGAUUUUGGAGGUCCAGCCCCGCCUAUUCCAAGAUUGGGCAUUGGGGCAUAUAACUGGGACACAGAAUGUUUACGAGGUGAUGUGGGAGCUGUAGAGAAUGCAACGGGUUUCCCUCAAGCAAUUGGUUUGGCUGCCACUUUCAGCCAGGAUAUUCUGUACAACGUUGCCAAAGCGACAGGUCAAGAAGUGAGAGCCAAAUAUAACGACUUCGUCAAAAGGGGAAUUUUUGCCACCCACACAAGUGCCAGUUGUUUCAGUCCGGUCAUCAAUAUCUUAAGAGAUCCCAGGUGGGGCAGGAAUCAGGAGACGUAUGGCGAGGACCCUUUCCUAGCCGGCAUUUUGGUAGAAAAUUUUGUCACUGGCAUCCAAGGCGACAACGCAAGGUUUAUAAUGACAAGCGCUGGAUGCAAGCAUUUUGACGUUCAUGGGGGUCCAGAAAAUAUACCAGUGUCAAGAUUCUCCUUUGACGCUAUCGUCUCUGACACAGACUGGAGGAUGACGUUUCUGCCCGCCUUUAAGAAAUGUAUAGAGGCCGGUACCUACAGCGUCAUGUGCAGCUACAACAGUGUGAACGGUGUCCCGGCAUGCGCUAACAAAAAACUGCUUACAGACAUCCUGCGUACAGAAUGGAACUUCAAGGGCUAUGUCGUCAGUGACCAAGGUGCCAUUGAAAAUGUUAUCUGGCAACAUAAAUAUUGUAACAAUAGUGUGGAUGCUGUGGCGGCCUGUGUUAACGCGGGUACGAAUCUGGAACUUUCAGGUAAUCUCCCCACGCCGGUUUAUAUGUCUAUGAUGGAUGCUAUUCAACAGGGAAAACUGUCUGAGGAUUUGGUGAGGGAAAGAGUCAAACCACUGUUUUACACACGCAUGAGGCUCGGGGAGUUUGACCCAGUACAAGAUAACCCUUACGCCCAGCUAGGUAUAGAUCAGAUCGAAUCUGCCGAACACCAACAGGUUGCUGUUACAGCCGCCAUGAAGUCUUUUGUACUGUUGAAAAAUCAGGGCGACAUAUUACCGUUGAAGAAAGGAGAGUUUAGUAAAGUAGCAAUCAUAGGACCAAUGAGCGACGACGUAGCACAGGUGAUGGGUGACUACGCCCCACGACAAGAUCGAUCGUUUUCCACAGCUCCAUUGGACGCAGUGAGGGCUCUGUACCCCAACGCCAAGCACGGACAAGUGUGCAACGACAGCACGCCGUGUACACAGUACAAUAAAGCUGCCGUACCUGCAAUAGUGAAAGAUACGGAGCUUGUGUUUGUCGCUCUGGGUACUGGUCAAGCUGUUGAAAUGGAGGGAAAAGACAGGCCGGAUGUCGAGCUGGCCGGACAUCAGAAGGAACUUCUUUUGGAUGUUCUAGACAACAGCGGUGACGCUAAGAUCAUUCUGCUUCUCUUCUCUGCCAGCCCCCUCAACAUUACGUUUGCCGACCAGUCAGACCGCGUGGUAGCCAUCAUGGAAUGUUUCUUUCCUGCACAGUCUACUGGGAAGGCCCUGUACAAUGUUCUGACCAACACCGGGCCGUAUUCUUCCCCGGCAGGCAGACUGCCCAACACCUGGCCCCUGUACAGUACACAGAUUCCACCCAUGGUCAACUAUUCCAUGGAGGGUAGAACGUAUCGCUACUUCAGAGGCGAUCCCUUGUAUCCGUUCGGCUAUGGCCUCUCCUACACCCAGUUCAAUUUCUCUAAUCUGAUGUACAACACAACAAUCAAGGCAGGAGAGAGUCUGAGUGUCCAGGUGGACACUACAAAUGUGGGUGACGUUGACGGCGAAGAAGUUCUUCAAUGUUACAUAAGCUGGAAUGACAAGUCCUUGCCCGUACCACAACUACAGUUGGCCUACUUUGACCGGAUUCUCAUAGCCUCCAAGCAAACGAUCUCAAGGAGUUUGUCUAUAUCUUCGGAGUCUAUGGCGUUUUGGCAAGAUGGGAAAUGGGUAAUUAAAGCUGGUGGGAUGAGUCUGUUCUGUGGUGGUCAACAGCCAAAUCAGAAGAAACAGGUGCCGUCCAACGUCCUCUCUGGAACGUUCACCAUCACAGAUUCUAUCACUCUUGAAAAGUAAUAUUUUUCAAUAAUUUUACGUGCCGUUCCAUACGUGUUUUUAUGUGUGUAUGUGUGUUUGUUCUUUUGUGUAUUGUGUGUGUGCUUGUGUUGUUUGUGGGUGGACAAUGCGCACGUGUGCGAAUGGUGUUCCAGGAAUAUUUUUUUUCUUUUAACAGAAACUCGUAAUGUGUUGUCUUCAUCUAGUCGAACUGUAUGUGGAGUGAAUUUUAAUCAGAAUACAGUUAUUUUUUUGCACAGAGUCCCCAGUUAAUCCUGAGUAUAAAAGUCAAUAUUCUGAAAUUGGUUCUGUUAUUCCGAAUAGACAGAUAGAUAGAUAGAUAGAUAGAUAGAUAGAUAGAUAGAUAGAUAGAUAGAUAGAAAUAAAGAAA